AUGAACCACUUGGAGGGCUCCGCCGAGGCGGAGGUGACCGACGAGGCGGCAGGCGGGGAGGUGAACGAGUCGGUGGAGGCUGACCUGGAGCACCCCGAGGUGGAGGAGGAGCAGCAGCAGCCGCCGCCCCCGCCGCAGCAGCGCUAUGCGGGGCGCCCCGGGCGCGGGCGCGCCGUCGAGGACCCCCGCGCGCAGCCGGGGCAGCCGGAGGAGGAGGAGCGCGGGGAGAGCCUGGCGCGCUCGGCCAGCACGGAGAGCGGCUUCCACAACCACACGGACACGGCCGAGGGCGACGUGAUCGCCGCGGCCCGCGACGGCUACGACGCGGAGCGCGCGCAGGACCCCGAGGACGAGAGCGCCUACGCCGUGCAGUACCGGCCCGAGGCCGAGGAGUACACGGAGCAGGCGGAGGCCGAGCACGCCGAGGCCACGCACCGCCGCGCGCUGCCCAACCACCUGCACUUCCACUCGCUGGAGCACGAGGAGGCGAUGAACGCGGCGUACUCGGGCUACGUGUACACGCACCGGCUGUUCCACCGCGGCGAGGACGAGCCGUACGCCGAGCCCUACGCCGACUACGGGGGCCUCCAGGAGCACGUGUACGAGGAGAUCGGGGACGCGCCCGAGCUGGAGGCGCGCGACGGGCUGCGGCUGUACGAGCAGGAGCGCGACGAGGCCGCCGCGUACCGCCAGGAGGCCCUGGGCGCGCGGCUGCACCACUACGACGAGCGCUCGGACGGCGAGUCCGACAGCCCGGAGAAGGAGGCCGAGUUCGCGCCCUACCCGCGCAUGGACAGCUACGAGCAGGAGGAGGACAUCGACCAGAUCGUGGCCGAGGUCAAGCAGAGCAUGAGCUCGCAGAGCCUCGACAAGGCGGCCGAGGACAUGCCCGAGGCCGAGCAGGACUUGGAGCGCGCCCCCACCCCGGGCGGGGGCCGCCCCGACAGCCCCGGGCAGCAGGCGCCGGCGGGGCAGCAGCGGGCGGCGGGCCCCGCGCCAGGCGAGGCGGGGCAGCGGUACAGCAAGGAGAAAAGGGAUGCCAUCUCGCUGGCCAUCAAGGACAUCAAAGAGGCCAUCGAGGAGGUGAAAACCAGGACCAUCCGUUCGCCUUACACUCCCGACGAGCCCAAAGAGCCCAUCUGGGUCAUGCGCCAGGACAUUAGCCCCACGAGGGACUGUGACGACCAGAGGCCGGUGGACGGAGAUUCUUCGUCUCCUGGCAGUUCCUCCCCGCUGGGUGCAGAGUCCUCGAGCACACCCCUCCACCCCAGCGACCCCGCGGAGGCCUCCUCGAAUAAAGAGUCAAGAAAAAGCUUGGCUUCAUUCCCCACCUACGUUGAAGUUCCCGGACCCUGUGACCCCGAGGACUUGAUCGAUGGGAUCAUUUUUGCUGCCAAUUACCUUGGCUCCACCCAGCUGCUGUCGGACAAGACGCCCUCCAAGAACGUCCGCAUGAUGCAGGCCCAGGAAGCCGUGAGCAGGAUCAAGAUGGCCCAGAAAUUAGCCAAAAGCAGAAAGAAGGCUCCCGAAGGUGAGUCUCAGCCGAUGACGGAGGUGGACCUCUUCAUCUCUACCCAGAGAAUCAAAGUGCUGAAUGCCGACUCCCAGGAGACGAUGAUGGACCACCCCCUGAGGACCAUCUCCUAUAUCGCCGACAUCGGGAACAUCGUGGUGCUGAUGGCCCGCCGCCGGCUGCCCCGCUCCAACUCCCAGGAGAAUGUGGAGGCCUCCCACCCGUCCCAGGAUGGAAAACGGCAGUACAAGAUGGUCUGCCACGUCUUCGAGUCUGAGGAUGCCCAACUCAUCGCACAGUCCAUUGGGCAGGCAUUCAGCGUGGCGUACCAGGAAUUCCUCAGGGCCAACGGGAUCAACCCUGAAGAUCUCAGCCAGAAGGAGUAUAGUGACCUGCUCAACACCCAGGACAUGUACAACGAUGACCUGAUCCACUUCUCCAAGUCGGAAAACUGCAAAGAUGUCUUCAUAGAGAAGCAGAAAGGAGAAAUCCUAGGGGUGGUGAUUGUGGAGUCCGGCUGGGGGUCCAUCCUACCCACCGUGAUCAUAGCCAACAUGAUGCACGGGGGGCCUGCCGAGAAAUCGGGGAAGCUGAACAUCGGGGACCAGAUCAUGUCCAUCAACGGCACCAGCCUGGUGGGCUUGCCUCUGUCCACCUGCCAGAGCAUCAUCAAGGGCCUGAAGAACCAGCCCCGGGUGAAGCUGAACAUCGUGCGGUGCCCCCCGGUGACCACCGUGUUGAUCAGGAGGCCGGACCUGCGCUACCAGCUGGGCUUCAGCGUCCAGAACGGAAUCAUCUGCAGCCUCAUGCGAGGGGGGAUCGCAGAGCGCGGCGGCGUCCGCGUGGGGCACCGGAUCAUUGAGAUCAACGGGCAGAGCGUGGUGGCCACCCCCCACGAGAAGAUCGUCCACAUCCUCUCCAAUGCGGUGGGAGAGAUCCACAUGAAGACGAUGCCGGCGGCCAUGUACCGACUUCUGACGGCGCAGGAGCAGCCCUUGUACAUCUGAGGCCGCGCCCGCCGGCGGCUUGCAUGGAGGACUGCCCUCACUCGUGGUGUUUCUCGUUCUGCAUCUGUGUGCCCACUGAGACGUCCCCCUCACGCCCAGCACUGGUUCUACACAGGAAGAGAAGAAUCCGCAGACCUCUUUGCUCCGUCUCUCUCCGGUCUGCACAUUUUUUUGUUUUUGUUUUUUUUUUUUUUUUAAUGCCAGGGAAGUUUUUUCUGCACCCCCUGGAGGAGGGAGAGCAGCCAGGGUCCACCGGGUGUCUGCCCAGCGCGGCACCGUGCCGGAGGGCCCCGGGGGUGGGUCUGGAGGAGGGCGGGUGCUGCUUACAGGGAGCCCUCCCUCCCAGAGAGCGGCCGGCCCAGGCCUCGUAGGAGGUGCUCCUCAGGGCAGGGAGGGCGUGGAUGUGGCCAGGCUUGCCCUCCAGCCCCUGGGCCCGGCUCUCCUUCGGGCAGCAUGUGGGAAUGUGGGGGGGACAGCAGGGACCAGCUGCAUCUUUAAGGAUUUGCCCUGCCAGCUGUGGACCAGGGACGCCCCACAACUCUGCCCAGGAUUUCUGAGCCAACCUUAUGCCUCUUCUGUAGCCAGUUCCUUCUCACCCAAGGGUCGAAGGGGAGCAGCCUGGGGCACCAUCUCGUUGCAGAAAGCUCAGCGGUUCGGGAGCGGCCUCCUUGGGUCGUCCGAGGUUACCCCCAUCAGAUAAGCACGGGCAGGGGCUCCCCCCCCCCCCCGCUGUCGCACACAUAAGUAUACGGUCCCUCACACCACCUCCCAUCACCAGUGAGGCACACAGGGCCUCUGGAAGGCCCACAUGGCCUCUCCGGGAGGCCCCUUCCCCUGUUCGGGGUGACCUACGGGGCCGCCCAGCCCUGUCCUGAGACACACACUCCCUCGGGCCUGAGGCCUGGUUCCCGGCACCACCUGGGCUCAGAGAGCAUUAGUGGGCUCCCCUCCCAUGCCCCCCACUCCACCCACCUGUGGGGAAUCUGGGAACGACAGACUGCUCCUGCCCGAGGAAGAGGGCCUGGGUGCCCAAGGCAGGACCAGCUUUCUCCUCUGCUCAGGGCCCCUGAGGCAGCACAGGAUGGUCAGAGACCAGAAGAGUAAUAAACCACAAAACUAAGAGGAGAGGAACGACCUCCCCCCUAUGCCUAAGAAUCCCCAAGCGUGUGCUAGAAACAUCUGCCUCGUGAGUCCGAGAGCUUCGCGUGUCCCCUUCAGGUGCCUCAUCGGUGGGCUGGGUCUCAGUUCGGUGCGGGUGUUUUCAUAAUCUUAUUCUGAGCCAGUUGUCACUUAUUCUGGGUCCAAAGAGCAUUUUGUGUUCAUGUAGGUGGGUGUGGGUCGGUCUGGUUUUCGUUUUGUUUUGUUCCUGACCUCAGCAGAGACGGGGGAAGAGAAACUAAUAUAUUUUGUGAUAUUAAUAUAGUCCCUGUUCUCUGCACCGGGACAUUUAUGUUGUGUCUGUGGAAAUAGGAGUUCGGCGAGCACACGUCAGCUGGUGUAUUCACGUGUCGGAUGGAGGGAGGAAAGGGGGUUUUAAAAAACAGGGACAAAAGCCCGCCCCCACCCCCAGCAGUCAGUUCCCCUGGGAUUGCUGUGCCUCCUGUUUUCUGAGAGUCAGGAGAGCCGAAGGUUCCAAAGGCGUCGGUGGCUGACCCUCGAUUUGUCUAUAGCACAAGCGCUAAGGCAGAGGGAUUGCCGCCUCCUGAAUGUUCUCUGGCGAGGGGCUCUCCAGGGGUGCCGGUGUGGACAGUCAGGACCCCUGGACUUUCUGAGGGUGCUCGGCCCCACGGCCGGCCCGCCACAGCCGGGAGCAGCAGAUCGUGGCUCCAGGCCCUCUGGUGGCCACACAGUAGGGUGUCUGAUGACGUAAGGAAGUCUCAGGAGCCAUCGUCUGUCCUUCCUCUGGCAGAAAGACUGGGUGAAACAGGAACAAAGCAUUCCUGGCGGUAUUUUAGGCAUCAGGAGUCUCGGCUAAUCAUGGGAGGGGCUCAGGUCUGCCUGCUGCCCGAACACCUGGGCGGAGGCCUGUCCCUGACGGGCCAGCAGACGGGGGGCUCCCCAAGCACAGCCCUGGACGGUCUCCCCUUAGUUACAAGGAAGCAUCUCCACCCAAAGGCAAGGGGAGAGCGGACACCCAUUCUGUCGCUGUGGCACAGAAAUCUUGGCACGUUCGGCAGCGUUGGCUGGAAAAGUCUGGUGAGCUCUCCGGAGAGGAGGGUGGGCUGUCCACCACGCCCCUUCCGUCCGUCGGAGUGGCCCCUCACACCCGGAUAGCGGGGUUCCUAGAGCUCGGCACGGGUGCGCCUGGUUCGAGCCCCUUCUUCCCCCUGCUCCCAGCGGACGGGGGAGGGGAGGUCACCCACCUGCGGUUAGCCAAGGAGGCGGGCUCGGAAGUGUGAGCACGUCUGUUCUGAGGAACCCCGUGGGACAGGGUGGUCUUUCCCUUCUGGCAUCCCGAUGUGUGUAGUUAUAAAUGCCCGAAUCCCCAUCUCCUGGGGGAGACUGUAUACAGAGCAGCUUCCCAACAGGGCCCGGGCAAAAAGCCACUCUUGCUACUAGGCUGGGACAUGCCGGUGGCUCAGCUUUGGCGACAGCUUCUCAGAUCUGUGCACCCCCAGUCCGGCCAGGAUGCACCCAAAACGCAUCGUCUCUGCCUUCUCCCCUGGGAGCGUUUCAGGGAGCCACCGUCCGCCUUGGGUUCGCGAGAGGAGAUAACCCCCAGGGACCAAGACCCAGCGUCUGCUCCAUCACCAGAGCGGGGCCCGCGGGACCCCGAGCCCACCCCGGGGCACUGGCCACCGAGCCUCCCCGCGCGGGUCUGCUGUCUGGACGCUGCCCACCCCCCACUGGCCUCAAAGAGUCCCAGAGUAACCUACUACCUCCCCCAUCGCUCCUGCCGCCCCCAAGGCCCCCGUUCGCACUCCACACCCCCAUCUGCACGCUGAGGAAACCCACUCACGAGCCCCACUUGGGUCCCUCGACCUAGUGGUGUGGCUGUUACCACUGUUUACAACCAAGGGCCACCUCCUUCCAGAUAUGUUUACUCUCCCGCUGACAAGGCCGCUGGCUGGUUUGAGUUCCGCAUCUGUCUGCGCCCUCCCUGGUCCCGGCCAACGGGGACACACGCCCCGAUCCUUCAGUCCCCCCCUCCCAGGUCAAGGCAGUGCGUGCGUGAGGACCCCGUGGGAAGGAAACUCCUUGUACAUAUCCAGUGCAGCCCCUGCAGUGUGAACUUGUACUACCGUCUGUAAAGAGGGUGCAACAGAGCUUACUGUAAAGCUUGGGACAAGUAGAGUAUUGUAUUUGUAACAAUAUCGUUCUUUGUAUACACAAAACUCGAUCUCUAUAUAUAAAUAUAAAUUAUAUAAAUACACUAUAUACGCCCGUGAGCCUGGAACGUUGGCGCCGCACACCCACUGAAUGUACUUCUCCACCAGCGUGGUCCCCGGGCCCGGCC